UUUUGUCUUGUCUUAGCGUAUUGGUGUCGUGUUAACUUGUGUUAUUACGUUGCUAACGAUCGAAUUGCAGUUAAGUCUUAUUUUCUUGUAUUCUUUGUCCAGUCAACACUUGAUCCGAACAUAAAACUAGAAUUUAAUUAAGCUGCAAUUUAAAGUUUUUUUUUAAAUGUUAAAGAAAAAAUAAAAAAAAAAAAAUCUACCUCAAUUCAUUUUUCAAUUCUUAACGAAAACGUAAAAGCAAUUGUUUAACGCAUUUAUGUUUCCAUACGUAGUAAGUGUGUACCUUGAUAUUAGAAUAUAAACAUAACCUCAAUUAAUACAUACAUGUAGAAAAAUGCAUUGCGAAAUUAAACAAAUAAGAAAAUUAUAUUCGAUAAUGGUCGAAUUCUUUAUCGUUUGUCUAUCUAGAUGAAAAGAAAAAGUGCUCUCAGCUUAUAUUGCACUGUAAGCUCGAUUUGAUUCAUUUUCAAUGUCAAAAUGCGUUUCGCAAGAGUUUCGAAUGCGGAUAUUUCAUCGGGAAAAACGUGAUACAGACAGAGGGACGGACAUGCUUGAUGAUGCUUAAAAAUAUGUGCAUUUAAUAGAAUCUUUGAAAGUUCCGAGCUCCGAGAGCUGUAAGCCCAUUGACAAAAUGGAAAAGCUUGCAUACUUCGGUGGUAUCUAAUAUAUUUUGCCUGAUAUUAAGGAGCUUUUAUGUUGAACGCACUUUUAACUUGGAAUCUUUCUUCAUUCAUCACAAAAUAUACGAAAUGUAUUCAAUUCUGUUUGUAACCUCAAAAAAUGCGCUCUAGAGACCUUAUAAAGCCCAGAAGCUUUUGAUCGAAUUCUAGGUCGAUUUAAAACUGUAACGAUACCAGCGCAAUUACGCAAUAUACGUUUUUUUUUUUUUUUUUUUCUUCUCACCUAAUCUUUUUUAAUUGGCUUAGUAUUGUUUAAACUACCUAAUAUUAUCAAUUCUAUAAAUGUACAUAUAUAUGUACGAUAUGUUUCAUUGAACUUUAACUAUAGAAUAUACGAAAUUUCUAUGCUUUCUAUGCUUGCAUCAUUGUUGUCGUUAUGUUUGCAGUUUUUUUACAAGUAAUCGAAUAAACCGUUAUAUCUUCAUAUACGAUAUUGAAAUGUGAAGAAUAAAAGAAAAUCAAAGACAAAUAAAUUUUGUAAUAUUGUGUGUAAAUUAUUGCUCGCCGAUCAGACGACAUAAUUCGUUUAAGUGUUUUGUGUUUUAAAAGAUUCGCUAGUAAUUAAAUAUAAUUUUUAAAAUUUGUUAAAAAUACUUUCAUAAAAUUUGUUGAAAACAAUUAAUUGUGUUUAGAAAUGUGGCAUAAAUUUUUGUUCAUAAUACUGACAUCAUUUACGGUUUUAAUGUGUGUUGCCCAAUAUAAAAAAUGCAAUGAAUAUGCGUGCACUUCGGUGGUUAGCAAAUGUCAGUUAAUGCAAGAUUGUCAAUGUGACUUUGCGGAUGUUUUUUGUACCAAUCGAUGUCUUCAUUGUCUCGGAGCGAAAUUUCUUGAUUGCUGCAGUUGCUUAAAAAUCUGCCCCACAUUAGGCGACGAAAGUCCUUUAGCUUUCAAUUCGCAGACAGGCUACUUAGAUGGCAUACCGACACUAUUUAAUUCAUAUGCGGCCGAGAAAGAUGACGUAGAUUGGACCGCUUUAAAUAUCCCGGUUAACGUUGGCAAUCAUUCCGAUUGCGUUAUUAUCUUUUUAAAUAAUUGUUUUGGUCAUAGAAAAUGUAUGGAUUAUUGUUCCAAUUUGGGUGCUGACAGUUAUCGUUGGUUUCUCGAUGGUUGUUGUGAAUGUGUUGGUAUAAAUUGUUUCAAUUAUGGUCUCAGCGAAAAUCAUUGUCGCGAUUGUCCUGACGAAGAUGACAUUGAAGAUAUUAAAACUUUAGAUGGUCCUGAUGAUCGAGACGAAGCCUAUAACGAGAUUCCUUGAUCUUUUAAAAAUGAAAAUGAAAUAAAUUAUAUAUGAAAAUUCCCUUUAAUUUUGUGAUUGCAUUGUAACAGAUCUAAUAAUUUUUUUUUUUUUUAAAUUUCCAAUUAAAGUAUGAGAAUAACGAUAGA